AUGUCUUCUAAGCCGCCAUCUAAUACUCAAAAGUUUAGUUAUGCACGUGCGUUGGCUGCUAGUCAGUCUAUGAAAAAUGCAAACGUAAAACCACAAAACGCAACUUCUGAGAAGCCUGCUUCUAAGCCUGCUGCUGCAUCCGCUAACACUGCUAAGUCUUCCACUGCUGGCUCGGCUACUACUGAUACUCAUAAUGCAACUGGCACUACAGAUGCAUCGGAUGUCCCUCAAAAGCCUACUGUUACUUCUGAAAACAAAGCAGAUGUAAAGGAUGCGAAGGAUCAGGAUAAAAAGGUUUCAAGUAAACCUGCGAACAAGGAGAAACCCUUGGAAACCGCUUCAAACGCUGAAAACCCCGUCUCUGCGAAUGUUUCUUCAGAAAGCAAGCAAACUCACAACGCUGGUCAAAAAACACAGCAAUCCGAAGGGGCUGCUAAGACUGCCGAAAAGACAGCAUCAAUUAACUCAGAUGAACAUGGUGCUAAGCAAGAGCAAACAAAGGAUGCUAUUGAAAGUACACCUUCUCAUCAAAAUCAAACACAAAACUCUUUCCCUACCGUUCCAAUUCAAUUUGGAUCUAUCACAAGAAAUGCUCCUAUUGCUACUAAACAGCACGUGAAGGCUAGUGUUCCUUCCAACCAACCAAAAAACAGUGUUCCUCCUAGGAAUAAUUUAUCUAAUUCGAUCGGACAUCCCGGAUCUAGUCCCGUCUCUAAAGGUUCCCGUGCUGCUGCCCCAUCCUCUAAUAAUUCCAGUUCUAAUGAUUCUGCUGCCUCAGCCAAAUCUAAUAACUCAAAUGUAGCUCCUGAGUCUGCUGAUCCUCAUGGUCCAAAUCCUGUAUCAAGCACACCUUCAUUAAACGGUUCUGGUAAACCCCACCGCCAAAACCGUCAUUAUGAACGCUAUGGAAACUCUUAUCCUUCAUACAAUAAAUAUUCCCCUCACUAUCAGCAUGGCUAUACUUAUAAAAAUAAUGGUCGUAAUGAUUCUCAACGCUACAACAGAGGAAAUGGCAGAAGACAAUACAACAAUGGUCAUUCCGGUUACCCUCCUUUCGUAUCCAAUGGCCGGAACUCUGCUCAAAAUCCACGGAAUACUCCUCAAGGUAUGGGCUCACCAGCUAAUCCUGUCCAGAUGCCUGUAUCAAUACAACCUCCCUAUGGCCAAGUGUAUGGACAAGCACCAUAUAUUGUUGAUCCUAACAUGAUGCAAUUCGGCGCAAUGUUACAACCAGGCUAUGUUCCUCAGUAUUAUCCUGUAUAUCCUCAAACGCCAUAUACACCACCAACGUUCCCAAAUAUGUCCCGUAGCACUUCUCAGGUAUCAGAACCAGUUAUGGAUUCACCAAACUCUUCUACUCCCAUAAGCUCUAGAUCUGGUAAUUUUACUCCUAUUGUCAAACAACAGAAAAAGAGCAGUGCUUUGAAAAUUGUCAACCCUGCUACCAAUACUGAAGUGGUUGUUCCUCAAAAGAAUAAAUCCCAGCCUAAAUCGGGAGAAUCUAGCCCACGGUUAGACAGUGCUGUUACUCCUCAUUUAACGGAAGAAGAGGUUUCCAAGCGAAAGGAUGCCGUUAAACAAGCUGUUCAACAGCGUAUUCAAGAAAAGGCUGAAGAAGAGGCUAGGAGACACGCUGAAGAACAAGCUAAACGUGAGGCUGAAGAAAAGGCUAAGCGUGAAGCUGAAGAAAAGGCCAAGCGUGAAGCUGAAGAAAAGGCCAAGCGUGAAGCUGAAGAACAAGCUAAGCGGGAGGCUGAAGAACAAGCUAAGCGCGAAGCUGAAGAAAAGGCUAAGCGCGAAGCUGAAGAAAAGGUGAAACGUGAAGCUGAAGAGAAGGCUAAGCGGGAGGCUGAAGAACAAGCUAAGCGUGAAGCUGAAGAAAAGGCUAAGCGUGAGUCUGAAGAACAAGCCAAGCGUGAAGCUGAAGAGAAGGCUAAGCAGGAGGCUGAAGAGAAGACCAAACAUGAAGCUGAAGAGAGAGCUAGAAAGGAAAUUGAAGAAAAGGCUAAGGUUGAGGUUGAGGCCGAAGGUAACUCCAAAUCAGAGGAAUUGCCUAAGAGUGAUGACCAAAAGGAAAUUAAGCCCAAGUCUGAAAAUAUUAAGACGUCUUCUGAAUCUUCCCUUGCAGAAUCUCGUAAUUUCACACCCAAGCGGGAAGUAUUGUCUGGUGUCGAAAGCCUUAAAUCCCAACCAAAGCCUUCUGCUUCUCUCGACUCUUUACUGCAAGCCAGUAUUAUUUCAGACAUUUCCAAGAUUGUCUACCCUUCUUCUAUUAAGCGACCUGCAACCGAAGGUGAAAUUAAAGAUGGUAAGCUUCUUUACGAUAUCCCUUUCCUUAUGCAAUUCCAAACUUAUUAUACUGAUAAGCCUGCUUAUGGUUGGGACGAGAAAAUGAAGGGAACUGUUGCCUCUGCUUUCAGUGAUAAGAGUUCCCGUGGUGGUUAUGGUUCCAGUCGUCAAAGUUCUCGCUCUGGCUCUACUAGAGACUCGCAUGCCGGUUCAGGUUUUGGUGGUCACUCUGAUAGAAAAUCGAUGUCACGCCUUGGUGUUGAUCGUGGCUUCGGUGAUUCAGGUGGAGGAUUCCGUUCUGGUAGUAAUUACAAGAGUGCCCCUAGCCGUGGCAUGAGUCACCAUGGUCACGGUGGAUCUCACAGAGGUUCCCAACGUGGAUCCCGACGCGGUGGUGGCGGUGGUGAACGCGAAAAGCCUGACCCUUCUACUUUAACUAUUCCAGCUGAGCAAGUACAACCAUUACAGUUGUCAGCUAACCGUUGGCAACCUAAGAAGCUUGCUGAAAAACCUGAAGUCAAGGAUAACCAAGAAGAUCUUCUUCCUCUUGAUGUCAUUCAACGUAAGGUUAAGGGUUCUUUGAACAAGAUGACCUUGGAGAAGUUCGAAAAGAUUUCGGACCAAAUUUUAGAGAUGGCCAUGCAAUCGCGUAGAGAGACUGAUGGUCGCACUUUGAGAUUAGUUAUUCAGCUCACGUUUGAAAAGGCUACCGAUGAACCAAACUUCUCUAACAUGUAUGCUCGAUUUGCUCGGAAGAUGAUGGACAGUAUAGAUGACUCUAUUAGAGACGAAAACGUAUUAGACAAGAAUGGUCAACCUGUUAGAGGUGGUUUGUUAUUUAGAAAAUAUUUGUUAAGUCGCUGUCAGGAAGACUUCGAACGUGGUUGGAAAGCCAAUCUUCCAGCUGGAGGUGCUGGAGAGGCUGAGAUUAUGUCUGAUGAGUAUUAUGUUGCUGCUGCCAUCAAGCGUCGUGGUCUUGGUCUUGUAAGAUUUAUUGGUGAGUUGUUUAAGCUUAGCAUGCUUUCCGAAAAGAUUAUGCACGAAUGUAUAAAACGUCUUUUGGGUAAUGUUACAGAUCCUGAAGAAGAAGAAAUUGAGAGUUUGUGUAAAUUAUUGAUGACAGUCGGUGUGAAUAUUGAUGCAACUGAAAAGGGUCAUGCUGCUAUGGAUGUAUACGUUCUUCGUAUGGAAACUAUCACCAAAAUACCUAACUUACCUUCCCGUAUUAAAUUUAUGCUUUUGGAUGUUAUUGAUUCAAGAAGAGCUGGUUGGAAUAUUAAGAAGGAAAUUGAAAAAGGACCAAAAACUAUUCAAGAAAUUCAUGAGGAGGCUGAGCGUAAAAAGGCUCUGUCUGAAGCUCAAAGACCUGCCCGUAUGCAUCGCGAUAUGAACCGUGGCGACUCUAGAACGGGCGGUAGAGGCAGUAACCCUCCCUUUGGAUCCAAUGACUGGUCUAAUAAUAAAGAUGGGUAUGCCAGGUUAGGUCAAGGUAUUCGUGGUUUGAAAUCUGGUACUCAAGGAUCACAUGGUCCUACGAGUUUGAGCUCGAUGUUGCGUGGAGGAAAUGUUAGCCGAAGCCCCUCUAGACAAAGUAGCACUCCGCGAAGAGAACCUGCUAGACAAGCUCCUGCGAAUCAACCACUAACGUCGGCAAAUUCCUUUGAACUUUUGGAAGAACAAGAUCAUGACAAUGAUGGAUCAUCAAACCAUAAAGAUCCUACUUCUACUUCGAAAACUAACCCUUAA